AUGAGAACGUUAAGAGUCUUUAACUUUUUAAUUUAUCGACCUUUCACUUCAUCACUAGCAGGAUGAAACGCGCAAUUCGAAGAGAAAGAGAAAGGUCAAUGAAUUGCUAUACAAAAUGGCCGAUGAACGUAGAAAGGCGUGUCGCGGAUACUUCUAGCGAAUUACGCCGUCUCGGACUUCAUUGAAUUUGAGUGAAAAGUUUACGUGUUUUAUACUGCGGCGCCGCCGGGCUUCGCGUCUGCCCGCCGCCAGGCACCGGGGCUUCGCCCCCCGCGACCCGCCGCGCGCGUUCGGAGCCCUUGCUCCAUCCGAUCCUUAAACGGAGUCGCUCAGGAUGUCGUCCCGGCGCAAUGGCUCGGUUUCCCGGGCCGCGGAGACGGCCUCCAAGAAUCGACUCCACAUGGAUAGGAACCCACAGCAUUCGAGGAUAACGGAUCCAUCGAACCCUGCGGGUCGUCGUAAGGAAAUAGACAACGUCAUGAAGAGAGCUCGCCAGGCCUCGCCUGGCAGCUGGGAUCGGAAGCUUCUAGAAGUUGAGGAGAAGGACCCUAAUAGAUGGCGUCAUACAGGCUACAAGCAGCUGUAUCUCGAAGGUUCCGGGUCGAGGUCUCCAUCACCGAGGUCCAAGACUCCAGUUAGGCGUGGCUCCAGGUCCCCGUUGGGUCCCCGCCGCUCCCGGUCCCCGGUGGGACGCCGCUCCCGCUCCCCGGUGGGCCGCCGCUCGCCGCGCAAGUCGCGCUCGCGCUCCGCCCGCCGCAGUCCGCGUCGGAGCCCGCGCCGGAGCCCCAUCAGACGCAGCAGCCCCCGCCGCCGCUCGCCGCGCCCGGCCGGGCCGCCGCCGCGCAGGCCGGAGCCCCGCCGCGCGCCUCCGGCCAGGCCCGUCAGGCCACCCUCACCGCCAGACCCCCGGAAGUCAUCAGGCUCUGGGUCAUCAGUGAGCAGUUGUUCCGAUGAAUCAUGUUCAGUCUGCUCAGCCAAGAACAAGAAGACCGGACCAUCACAGCCGCCGCCCAAGGGUAUUAAACCGAGACUGGGCAGCCUGUCUCCCGGGCGCGCGGCCCGCGCGGCCCCGCGGCCCGCCGCCCGCGCCGUGCAGCCCACGCGCGAGCUGCUGAAGGCGCGCGAGGCCAGCAAGCGCACGCGCGAGGAGAAGGUGCUGGAGUGGCAGCGCUCGCAGCUGGCGGCGGGCGCGGGCGCGGCGCACAUCAAGCGCGAGGGCGAGCGGCGCGCCCCCGCGCCCCCCGCGCCCGCCGCGCCCCCCGCGCGCCCCCGCCGCUCGCCGCGCGCCGUGUCGCCCGCCGCCAUCGCGGCCGCGCUCAACGACUCCGACUCGGAGUCCGAGAGCGACGCCAGCUCCGAGCCGCAGCCCGUGCGCCUGUCGCUGUCCGAGCGCUUCGGCAAGAUGGCGCAGUGGUCCGCCGACCGCUCCGCGCGCCUCGAGAACAUGCGCAUCACGCGGCGCGAGGCCACGCUGCACGUGCGCAUCGAGCGCGACGACUCCGCGCCGCCGCCGCCCGCGCCCGCGCCAUACCCGGCGCUGGAGGGAGCCGCGCAGGGCAGCUACCCGGAGGAGCUGCUGCUGGCGGCGCCGGCCGGCCUGCCGUCGUGGGACGACGUGCGAGUGCGCUACGACUACUACAAGAAGAGGGGCUACCUCAGGGGCCUGACGCUGGGCGACUACGUCAAGUGGGAGGAGUGGUGGUACAAGUACCAGGAGUGGCUCAAGCACGAGCGCGCCUACGAGCGCUGGGCCGAGGGCGACGUGCCGCCGGCGCGACGCGAGCGGCGGCGUCGCGGCGGGCGACACCGGCGCAGCUGAGGGCGCGCCGCCCCCGCCGCCGUGCUGGCCGUCGACCUGGCGGCCGCGCCGCCGGGGGCGCGCCCCAACUAGGCGAGGGGGCUGCACUCUACACCCGAUACUCCCACAGCCUUCCCACUGGACUCUUGCAGGUGUAGCUGUGUAAUCAUUGUGGGUGACUCACUUCAACUUGAGUGAGAGAGUGUGUUUAUCUGUCUGAAGACUUUAAAUGUGUGCUAAAUGUAUCUGUAUGUAUUAUAAACUUGAGGUACUGAUACGAGGGAGUACCUUUGAAUGUAGUUUCCAAUGUGUGUGAUACAAACCUCCGUGGUUUGUACUCAAGCAUGAAUUGUGUAGAUAUAGAUGUAGAUGUUAAAAGGACAUGCAUGAAGUUAAAUAUCUUAGAUAGUAGUGAAAAUGAACUGUUUAACUAAACUCUCGUCUCUUUAAUAUAAAUAUACAUAACUGUAUUAGAUUAUAUUAAAUUAACUCUAGUUGUAAAGGAAUCAUGUUUAUUUUUUAAAUUAAUAAGUAUAUAUAACCGUAAUAUAGUAACUGCUUUGCGUAUAUAAAAGUUGUAUUCUGUACAUAGCGUAUACAGUAUAUAUGUAUACUGACGAUCAAAUACUUGUAUUAAGAUGUUUUCUAUUAUAAUUGUGAUUAAUAUUUAAAAAUGUAAAAGUAGUUUUAUUCAAACUGUUUUUGAUGUAAU